UCCCAAACUCAGACUCAUCAAAGAUAUUUCAGAGACCCAUUCUUCUAACCAACACCUUACAAGACUUUCAUUUCCAAUUUUCCAACCUUCACACUCAUCUCAGUUUCAGAGGGCUAGGGACAAUUUUUAAGUACCCGAUUCCCUCUAUUUUCAUCUCGAAAAAUCGGAAAAAAUGAACCGAAUGCAAGAAACCAGCAUUCCUGAUUCUCAGCUCGGAAACAACAAUAUUGGAACUUCACUGUCUAAUAUAAUUCUAGCAAGUAACACAAACGCCUUAGAUUCGAUCUUCUCUCAUUGUUCAUCGUCCAUGAGCCCGGUUGUCGAUCAAUUAGGCUCUUCCGUGUACCACACUCAACGAGAUUUGCUACAAAAAUUCUGUGAAGAAAACACUUCGCAAAAUCAAAUUUCAGUACCAGAUAAUUUUAGAUCAGUCCAGAACUCUCUGUACAACCCGAGCUACCUCGUGCCCCCGAAGAAGAAGCUGUACAGAGGAGUGCGACAGAGGCAUUGGGGAAAAUGGGUGGCGGAGAUUAGGCUCCCGCAGAACAGGAUGAGGGUCUGGUUAGGAACUUACGAGACACCGGAAGCUGCAGCCUAUGCUUAUGAUCGUGCUGCAUACAAGCUUCGCGGCGAUUAUGCACGUUUGAAUUUUCCGAAUCUCAGUGAUCCAAGCAAAUUAGGAUUCGGAGAUGGUUCAAGAUUGAAUGCCUUGAAAAAUGCAGUGGAUGCGAAAAUUUCAGCCAUUUGCCAGAAGGUGAGACGGGAGAAGGCGAAAAAGAAGGCUAAGAAAAAUAGUGAGGCCUGUCCUGAUGGUAACAAAAUCGAUACGAAUGAGAAAUUGGCGAAGGUUGAUUCAAAUUCUUCGUUAUCGUUGGCUGGCAACGAUAGUAAUUUGAGUAAUGACAUCGUUUCUUCAAGUGUUUCAGAAGAUGGACUAUGGAUGGAUGUGAAUUCUCCAUACUCUGUCCUUGGAGCAUGUCCACUGGUACCUCAGGAACUCGAGUUUGAAGGGUGUUCUCUUGCACGUAUGCCCUCGUUUGAUCCGGAGUUGAUCUGGGAAUUUCUUGCUGGUUAAGAAGAAAGUUUUGUGCUUCCUUGUUAGCUCAAAAUCUGUUCAAGUACAAGUACUUAUUCAAGUGACUUUUAGUAACUUGUGCAAGUCAAUUUAGUUGAAGGCUUACUGAAUCUUCUUUGUGGGAGAUAUGAGAAAGAUUUUAUAUAUGAUUAAUGUUGUUAAAGAUUUAAA